ACUUAUAUUCACUGCUGUCAUCAACGCAACCAGUAUUUUUAGGGGACGGCAGCAGCUGCAAAAGCAUGUAACGGUAUUCUCCGAACAAUGACACACUGGGCGUCUCAGGCCUGAACAACACUGCGUGCGAGGAGCGACCGCAUCAACAGGAAGCCGGCGUGGACGUGGACACACAACUUCACAUUUUGCUGCUGACAGGAUUUUUUUUUACGCGGAGCAGAGCCGGGGAGGAAGGAGCGCGCCCCCAUGUGAAGGCAGCUCUGGGACGUUAGCUCGAGAGACGCCGCCGUCUGUCGCUUCUCAACUUGAAGCCAGAGUUGCCAGUACGGAAUGUAUGUUGACGGUCGUUCCUGGCGACUGAAGCGGGAGGGAACGUUCGACAGUCUCUCAACACAUCCACCAAUCAGGGCUCAGUAAACAGCUGGAGAUGAACAGGUUUCCAGAAAUUUGCAGUAAAGAAGUCGGAGCCUCUUAGCCCCUGAAGUGACACGUGGACGUGUGAAGACACAACGCCAACGAUGGACGUGUUUGGUGGCGCGCCACGUUUCUUGGCCUACCCAAGACCCGUAGUGGCGCAGAGCGGAACCGACGCCGUCCUGAAAUGUCAGAUCGGCGGCGAUCCGCGGCCCGCCGUUAUCUGGGAACGAAGUAAUGAAAAGAUUGACCCGCAGGGACGAUACAGGGUGUUUGAGGACGGGAACGUUUACAACCUGAUCAUCACCGCUGUGACUGUGGAUGACAGCGGACAGUACAUCUGUAAGGCAAAGAACUGCAUCGGGGAAACCUACGCGGCGGCCACUCUGAAUGUGGAAGGCGAGGCCCAGGAGCUGGAGCUACGAGAAGAAAACAUGCCACGGUUUCUCAUCAAACCCCUGUCCACCCGCGUGGGUCGUGGGGAGGACGCCGUCUUCUCUUGUAAACUGUGGGGAAACCCCAGACCGGAGGUCGUCUGGGAGAAGGACGGCAAAAAACUCAACGAAAUAUUUGAAAGCACUCACUUCAGCGUGGGCUGCCAGGACGGGGGGUGGUUCCAGCUCAAGAUCUUUAAGACGCGUGCACCUGAUGGCGGCGUCUACACCUGCAAGGCCAGGAACGAGUUCGGGCAAGACCUGGCAGGAGCCGUGCUGCUGGUCGACGCGGGACCGGGACACGAGGACGAGGGGAAUCGUAACGGCUUCACAAACGGCCACUGGAAAGGACACCAGGGGAAACAGAGGAGACACGUGUCCAACAGACAUAAGGACGACAACAUUACCAAGUCCACAAAGGUGAAAAUGUUUGCGGUGACAGAAGGCAAACACGCCAAAUUCCGUUGCUUCGUGACUGGUAAACCCAAACCAGAAAUCAUUUGGAGGAAAGACGGCAGGUUGAUUUUGUCGGGGAGACGUUACCUGUUGUACGAGGACAGAGAAGGAUACUUCACACUCAAAGUCCUGUACUGCAAACAGAAGGACAACGGCGUCUAUGUCUGCGCUGCAUCUAAUACGGCGGGACAAACCCUCAGCGCCGUCCACCUCUCUGUGAAGGAGCCACCUGUGCGGUUUAAACAACCUCUUAUCGAUCUCGAGGUAUGGGAACGAGAUUUGGCCGUUCUCGAGUGUGAAGUUCCAGAAGACUCAGUUCCCAUCACGUGGUAUUUGGAAGACAGGCGGUUGCAGCCAGGGGCCAAAUAUGGAAUGGAGGAGUGGGGAACAAAAAGGCGAUUAACGAUCCGUGACAUCGGGGUUGAUGACGAUGGGAUUUAUCUCUGUGAAAUGCCUGAUGGUGGGAGGAGCAUCGCGGAGGUGGCGGUAAAAGGUACGAUAUUGCGGAAGCUUCCGAGAAAGGUCGAUGUCUUGGAGGGUGAAAACGCUGCGUUCUGUGUUGAAGUGGAAAAAGAAGAGAUGGACGUUCACUGGUACAAAGAAGGAAUGGAACUGAGGGAAACCCAUCAGACCAUUAUUAAGUCUUUUGGUCGAACUCACAUUCUGGUUUUUGUGAAUACCAUGCCCCAAGAUGCUGGUGUUGUGACUUUCCUCGUCGGCAGAUCCAAGACUUCCUCUCAGUUACGAGUGAAAGCUGCCAGACAUUGUCCACCCAGCUGUCCAGUUGCCGUGCAGAUCAACACAGAACGUGCAAACGCUGCACUUUUAUCAUGGGUUCCUCCUCAGGACACCCGGAAAAAUCCUCCUUCAGGAUAUGUGCUCGAACGACAGGAAAUGGGCACCGGUUCACAGGAAUGGCUGCAGUGCCUGACCACCGACACCGCGACUUCUGUGGAAAUCCUAGGUGAUAGCGUGCCAUGUGAAGCUGAUUAUCGAUUUCGAAUUUGCAGCGUGAACAAAUACGGAAAAAGCAACAAUGUGGAGUUCCCCAAAGCAGUCCACUUGGUUCCAGUGGCCAGAAUCCAAGCCCCCUUACAGGAUGCCCUGGUGCCCGAGGGACAAGAUGCCGUCUUCUCAAUUGAACUCUCUGCUUCUGUUAUUGGAACAUGGUUCUUGAACGGUACUCAACUUCAGGAGGACGAACGUUUUUCCAUGCGUCGCUCUCGCACGCACCAGUCUCUUCGCAUUCGAGGUGUACGUGACAAAGACAACGGGGCUGAAAUCACAUUCAUUGCUUAUGGAAUCCGUGAUUCUGCGGCAAUGUACAUUCAAGCACCUCUUGUCAAAUUUUCCCCAAUGUCUGAGAUGGAUCGGAACAAGUUUGUAGAAAUCGGAAACCCCAUCGUGCUCUACUGUGAGCUGUCUGACCCAGCUGCACCAGUGCACUGGUACAAGAAUGGGGUUGAACUGCACACAGUGGAAGGCCUUCAUAUCCAGUCGGAGGGCACCAUGAGGAGGAUUGUUAUCCAGUCGUCAGAGAUGUCACACUCGGGAGUAUACUGCUGUGACGCCAUUGAUGAUGUCAUCAGGUUCAACGUGGAAGUAGAAGCGGUACCUGUGAAGUUCUCAGAGCUUCAAGAGAAUGACAGGAAGAAAAACAUCCGACAGGGCGACGCCAUCGUCCUCAGCUGUACGCUCACUCACGAACCCUCCGCUCACGUGCACUGGUAUAAGGAUGGAGUGGAACUCCUGCCACAAAUCAAUCUAGAAAUACAGUCGGAUGGUCUCACCAGGAGGCUAGUCAUCCAAUCGGCUGAGACCAAACACAGUGGCACCUACGAAUGUUCGACGUCUGACGACGCGGUCACAUUUAAAGUGGACGUAAAAGAGCCUGCUGUGAAGAUUAUCUACCCCAAGGAAGAUGUCCACCUCGACCGUCACGUGUCAGAUGAAAUUAUCCUCAGUUGUGAACUAUCCCGGGCCAGUGGUGUCGUCUGCUGGUACAAAGACGGCCAGAAGCUGCAGAACAGCGAGAACAUCAAGCUCAAGGCUGAAGGCCCCUAUCGACGGCUCAGGAUUCUGUCGAGUAGAGUGGAGGAUUCUGGGGAAUAUGUGUGUGAUACAGAUGACGACUCCAUAUUCUUUCACCUCAGUAUCACAGAACCUCCAGUACGAAUUGUGUCCCCGAGCCAGUCACAAAUGGAACUUUGCCAACAAGCCUCUGAGAGGAUGGUACUGAGCUGUGAGAUCUCACGGCCCAAUGCGGUGGUUCGUUGGUAUCGCGAUGGACUUGAGGUAGAGGAGAACGACAACCUGAUUCUAGAAGUGGACGGUGUCUACAGACGAUUGAUCAUACCUGAAACCACCGUCAAGGAUUCUGCAGAAUAUGUUUGUGACACGGCAGACGAUUCUGUCACUUUCUUCGUGAACAUAGCAGAGCCUCCUGUUCGCUUCCUACGCCCGAGAAAGACGGCCAGCAGAGUAGAGAAGGAGGUUGGGGAGAGGCUGGUGCUGGACUGUGAAGUUUCACGAUCAAAUGCCGAGGUGACCUGGAAGAAAAAUGGUGAAGAAGUGGAAGAUUCCAGAAACGUUACCAUCAUUGAAGAUGGUGCAGUGAGACAGUUGACCAUUCACUCGCUGACCGCGAGGGACGCUGGCCAGUACAUCUGUGAUGCCAAAGACGAUGUGAUGGAUUUCCAUGUAAAAGUAAAAGAGUUGCCAGUAAAAAUCCUUGGGAAAACUGAGGCAAAAACACAAAAGGAGUUCUUAGUGUCAGAUGACAUCAUUCUUGUGUGUGAGCUCUCAAGACCCAGUGUUACAGUCAGUUGGUACAAAGACAAUCAGGUUAUUGAUGACGCUGAGCGGUACUGUAUUGAGGAGCAAGGGGUCUUCCGCUCUCUGGUUGUGCUAAAUGCUGGGCUCCAGGACUCGGGAGAGUACAUUUGCAAUGCAGUGGAUGAUAAGAUGGUCUUCUAUAUCACAGUCAAAGAGCCUCCAGUACAGAUUAUUGGAAACUCGGGAAAUCCAGAGCACCACAUCCUGGCAGCAGGAGACGACCUUAUUUUGGAGUGCGAGGUGUCACGGCCAAAUGCCACGGUUCAGUGGUUAUGGAACAGAGAUAUACUGAAACCAAAUCCUCGGAUCAAAAUCUUCAGCUGUGACGUUGUCAGGAAGCUCAUUGUCUCUGGACUCCAACCAUCGGACUCUGGAAAAUACAUUUGUAAUGCCGGAGAUGACCAGCUGGUAACCAUCGUUGAAGUUCAAGCUCCACGUGUGGUCGAGUUUGUUGCAGAGCUGCGUAACAUCACGGUCCAGGAAGGAGAGGACGCGGUGUUUAAAUGUGUGGUUUCUCCAGAGGACGCUCGGCUGCUGUGGCGUCUGAACGACAGACCGGUGGCUCUGAAUGAACGAGCCGUUAUUUCAAGUAACGGCCUGUGCCACAUGCUCUGCAUCCACAACUGCCUGGUCUCAGAUAGCGGCCGAGUGACAGCAGAGGCGGAGGGCGUGGUGUCUGAGGCUGAACUUCAGGUACAAGAGGAACAGGUGCUGUUCACCCAGAAAAUGAAAUCAGUCACUGCUGCCGAGUACAGCGAGGUGACGCUUCAGGUGGAACUGAGUGUGGAAUCCACGGAGGUGCAGUGGAUGAGGCAGGGGGUUCUGAUCCACGACGGAACCAAGUACAGUCUGAAACACCAGGGCCGGACACACAGCCUCACCGUACACGACGUGGCCAUGUCUGACUGCGGGACCUACAGCUGUGAAACCCUUCACGACCGCACGCAGGCCCAGCUGGCAGUGGAACCACGAAGAGUCACCAUCACGAAGGGUCUGAGUGACAUCAAAACCAUAGAGAGAGAAACGGCCUCCUUUGAAGUGGAGCUCUCCCACCCCAAUGUCCCAGGAACCUGGUUAAGGAACGGAGUCAAGCUCAAGCCGUCCAGUCACUACCGCAUGAGCGCCAAAGGACAAACCCACAGCCUGACCGUCUCCAACCUUUCAGUGGACGACACCGGUACUUUUACGUUCUCUGCGGAGGACGAGAAAACCUCUGCCAGGCUGGUGGUGAAAGAACCCCCGGUGACUAUUUUCAGAAAACUGGAGGAUCGUAAAUUUCCAGAAGGAGCAUCGAUCUCUCUGGAGUGCGAGCUGUCGCGACACAACGUUGAUGUCAAGUGGUCCCAGAACGGAGUGGAGCUGAAGCCCAGCAGAGAGGUCCGCAUUUACGCCAUGGGACGGAAACGAUUUCUUCAUAUCACCAAAUGUAACGUCGGUCACUCGGGCAAGUUCACCUGUGACGCUGGAGAUGUCGCUACUUCCUGCACAGUGGAGGUCUACGAGCGUGAGCUCCUGAUCCUUCAGGCUCUGGAGGAUCUGGACAUCCAGGAAGACCAGAACGCCGUGUUCGUCUGUGAGAUCUCAGUGGACGACGUUCUAGGAGAGUGGUACAAGAACGGGGAGAGGAUCCAACCCACCAGCACCGUCAAGAUCCGUCAGGAAGGGACCAAACAUUUUCUGCUCAUGUGCAACGUUCGACCAGAGGACUCUGGAGAAAUCAAAUUUGUCGCCAGACACAUCGAAUCUGUCUCUUAUUUGUACGUGGAAGAGAUCCCUGCCAGUAUCGUGAAACCUCUGCAGGACAAGACGGUUCUAGAGAAGACCCGUGUGAUCCUGGACUGCUCCGUCUCCAACUCCCGCUGUAGCAUCCGCUGGUAUAAAGGAAGUAACGUCAUUCUGCCCUCCGAGCGCUUCGAGAUCAGCAGCGAAGGCUGUUACCGCAAACUCAUCAUCCAGCAGGUGGUGCUGGAGGACGAGGGCACGUACAGUGUCCAGGUGGGGGAGCACAGCUGCUCAGCCAAGCUCACCGUGGAAGCCUUACAGUCCGUGCUGAUGGUCAGAGAGCUGACAGACGUGGAGGUCUUGGCCCCCGAUGACGCCACCUUUGAAUGUGAGCUGUCCGCCCCUGUGGUCAAAGCUCCGGUGUGGACUCUGAAAGGUGAACUCCUGCAGGCCAGCUCCAGGGUCCGGCUGGAGAAGAUGGGCACCGUCCACCGGCUAACGCUGAGACAGACGUCCACAGACAUGAGUGGAGAGGUGGAGUUCAUCUGUGGGAAGACGAGGAGCAGAGCUGGGCUCCAGGUGAAGGAAGAAGUGGCUUUGUUUUUGUCUUCAGUUUGUAUUUCUAAUUUAAUUUCCUUUGAAACAAACUCCAAAACAAAUCUAAACUUUUAGCAUACACUUUCCUACACCAAAAUUGUGUAGUGAUAUUUUUUAAUAGUCUAAAUGUGUACUAUGUUAUUUGAAUGAACCACCAUUCAAUUCCAAAAUGUACCACUAGAUGG